GCUCGUCUAUCGCAAUAGCAUCGGACUUCCAAGUGACUUGCGUUGGCAUUACAGGUCGAAGUUUCGGAGUGCAAGAGAAAGUGGGAGCGAAGUGAACUAUCUCUUUCACGUGAUUUAAAACAUAUAUAUUUUUAUUCCGUUUCCAUAGAAAACGCAUUAAGGAAUCCUUUUUAUGUUGAUGAAGUCCCACCGGGUGUGGGACGUAGAAAAUAAUUGUCCUUUAUAGAAAGUGUAAAGAGGUGCACCCAACCAUUACUUCAGUGGCCAGACGUGAAGGACCUUGAUUUUCCUUUCCCCAGCAUUUGCAGCCUGUGCUAGGUUGGUGGAAAAUGGGCACGCGGAUCCACUCGGUCUCUGGACUUAUCGUCUCGUUGAUAUUUACAUGUCAUCUCAUAAAUGUGGCUCAGAGCUCCAAGGUGUGGGGAGAGGUGCCGCUGCCCGAGGACCUGGACUCCGAGAGGACUGUCGUCCAAAGGUCUCAGCGGUUCUUAGACGAUGACGAGGACUUCACUGCGGACGAAGCAUCAGGAGAUCUGCCCAGUGGAGAGGAGGAUGGAAGCACACCAGAACCCACAGUGGUGACUGAGAUCAGUACAACGUACUACAGAGCUCUGGUGAACUUCACAGACUCUAUUGUGUACAGGCCUGACAUGGAGGACAUCUCCUCACUGUCUUUCCAGGAGAUCUCUGACGCGGUGGUGGACACGUUAGAGUCGGAGUACAACAGGAUCCCAGGCAUCCAGACUGUCAAUGUGGUCCUCAUCAAGAAGAUGCUGAGGCAGGAUGGGGUGGAUGUGUUUGUAGAGCUUGACGUGGGCUCUGACUACAACAACAACGACAAUCAGAUCCGCAACGUGCUCUAUGGAGUGGUGAAGGAGGGCACCAUCGCCUCCUACGUCACCUCUGUCCAGGGCUUCCAGUUCAGACGCCUGGGAGAAGCUCUGCCCCCUGUGAACCCCAUGGCUGUGCCAGUGGUCCCAGACCUUCGGCCGUGCAUGAAGGAUGAGCACACGUGUCGGGAUGGGGGGUGCAUCCCUCUGGAGUACCUGUGUGACAACAGACCUGAUUGCAAUGACAUGAGUGAUGAGCUGGAUUGUGAUAAGAUCCGUCCUGAUGCAGUUACCCCCACUCCUCCCACCACCAUCCCCAUCAAGAAGCCCCCACGCCCCCCUGGUCCCCCAGGGCCCUGCAAAGUGGACCAGGCCACCUGUCAGAAUGGGGAGUGUGUCCCCAGAGACUACCUUUGUGACGGAGAGAGAGACUGCUCUGAUGGUAGCGAUGAGUUCAGAUGCGGCACUCCCUCUCCCUGUGAACCAAAUGAGUUCAAAUGUAAGAACGGCCGCUGUGCUCUCAAGCUGUGGCGCUGCGAUGGAGACAACGACUGCGAGGACAACUCAGACGAGACAGACUGCCCCACCAGAGGUCCAGGUGACACGUGUGCCCCAGAGCAGUUUGUGUGCCUCAGUGACCGCACCUGCAUCCCAUCCAGCUAUCAGUGUGAUGAAGAGGCAGACUGCCCAGACCGCUCUGAUGAGUAUGGCUGCACUCCUCCCACGGUGACCAGUCCCCCAGAGGAGUCCAUUCAGGCAGUGCGGGGGGAGACGGUGACCUUUAACUGUGUGGCAGUGGGUGUUCCUACCCCCAUCAUCACCUGGAGGCUCAACUGGGGCCAUAUCCCCAUCAGUGGCAGGAUCUCAAUGACCAGUGAGAAUGGGGGUGGCACCCUGACCAUCCGUGACGUAAAGGAGGCGGACCAGGGGGCGUACACCUGUGAGGCCAUCAACGCCAAGGGCCUUGUGUUUGGGAUCCCUGACGGGGUGCUCAGCCUCACACAGAAACCAGUUUUGUCAUCCUCUCUGUCAUCGUCACCAGGAAACUGUCCAGACGGUCACUUCAGUGUGGAGGGACGUUGUAUCUCCUGCUUCUGCUUUGGCAUCACCAAGAACUGUGGAAGCACCGGCCGCUACCACAGCCAGAUCAACCUGCGCUUCACUGACGAGGACGACUUCAAAGGAGUGAACGUGACGUACCCCUCUAGACCAGGCACCCCUCCUCUCUCCUCCACUCAGCUCCUCAUAAACCCUGAGGAUGAGGAGUUCCAGCUGGUCGACCUAUCACGACGCUUCCUCAUCCUGGACUCCUAUUGGACGCUUCCCCGCCAGUUUCUGGGCAACAAGAUUGACUCCUAUGGAGGCUUACUGAAGUACAAGGUGCGUUACACGCUGGCCCGCGGGGAGACUGAGCCUGAGGAGAAACCAGAUGUGAUUCUGACCGGGAACGGUCAGAGACUGGUCUACCGCAGGGGCAACCCCACCCCCUCCAGGGUGGUCAACAAGAAGGAGAUCAAAUUCACUGAGGAGAACUGGCAGCACUCGUCGGGUCGCCAGGUGUCCCGUGAGGACCUGAUGAUGACCCUGGCCAGCCUGGAGGCCAUCAGCAUCCGCACCGUCUACGACAACCACAUGGUGAGCGUGGCCCUCAGCGACAUCGUCAUGGACACCACCACCGUGGAGUACAACAUCCAGGGCAACGCCAAGGAAGUGGAGGAGUGCAGGUGUCCCCCUGGCUACUCAGGACUGUCCUGUGAACAGUGCUCCACUGGCUUUGAGCGUGUGUCUGGAGGGAACUUCCUGGGAUCCUGUGCUGGAUGUAACUGCAAUGGCCACGGCAGUGCCUGUGACCCCAUCAGUGGACACUGUCUGAGCUGCCAGCACAACACUGAAGGUCCUCAGUGUGACAAGUGCAGACCAGGCUACUUCGGUGACCCCAGACGAGGUCGCCCCGAUGACUGCAAGCCCUGUCCCUGCCCAUACACUGAGACGUCCCGCCGGUUCUCCGACACCUGCUUCCUGGACCAUGACUCCCAGGCCACGUGCGACGCCUGCAAACCAGGCUACACCGGCCGCCGCUGUGAAAAGUGUGCACCUGGGUACCAGGGUAACCCACUACAGCCUAAUGGCAAAUGUUUUCCAAACACAAACUCAAAGUGUGAUAGCAGAGGAACAGUGAACUCCAACAGCAGACCAUGCGCCUGCAAGUCCAAUGUGGUGGGGUCGCUGUGUGACGAGUGUAAGAGCGGCGCCUUCCACCUGACAGAGGAGAACCCAGAAGGCUGUCUGCAGUGCUUCUGUAUGGGCGUCACCAAGCAGUGUGCCAGCUCCACCUGGAGCCGAGACCAGGUCCGUGGCGGUGUGAACGGGCAGCUGUUCUCCCUCUCCAACAGUGCUAACUCCAGGACUAUCACAGACGGUAUCACCCAGAAAGGCUCCUCAGAGGUGGCAUACCGCUCCUUCUCUGACAUCCCCAACGACAUCUACUACUGGGUCCUACCAGACAGCUUCAGAGGAGACAAGGUGACAGCCUAUGGCGGAGAGCUGCGCUACACUGUGCGCUAUGAGCCCAGGCAACGCUCCCUGGUGAUUGACGGACAGCCGGAUGUGGUUCUCCAAGGCAACAGCAUCUUCCUGGAACACUUCUCCCAGACGAAGCCCCUCCCCCGCGCACCUACCACCGUCACUGUCACCUUCAGAGAGUCUGCAUGGAGGCGUGCUGAUGGACAGCCCUGUACUCGUGAGCACCUCCUCAUGGCCUUGGCUGAUACUACUGUAUUCAUGAUCAGAGCCACCUACGCUGACAACAUGGCUGAGACCAGUCUUUCAGACAUCCAAAUGGACAUUGCAGUGCCACGCUCCACAGGCAACGAACAUGCCCUUGAGGUGGAGGAGUGUGCCUGUCCCCAGGGCUACAAAGGACCAUCAUGCCAGGAGUGUGAUGUGGGCUACACCCGUACAGGCUCUGGGCUCUACCUGGGUACCUGUGAGAGAUGCGACUGUAACGGCCACGCCAGCGGCUGUGACCAGGAGACAGGCGCGUGCUUGCAAUGCCUUCACAACACGGCCGGCCCAAGGUGCGAGCGCUGUUUGCCAGGUUUCUACGGCAACCCUGUGACGGAUGGCCCCCGGGCCUGUCAGCCCUGCCCCUGCCCUGGCACUUCCCCUAGCAACCAGUAUUCUCAGUCUUGCUACAAGGACGUGGAUGGUCAGCCCACUUGUGAUAACUGUCCCCCUGGCUUCACUGGCCGGCGCUGCGAAAGAUGUGCUUCUGGGUACACAGGCAACCCUCAGCUCGGCCAGAGGUGUAGUGUUGGCAACAAUGACCUGAAUGGUAACUGCUAUAACUGUGACCAGAGAGGAAGUGAAGGAUGCAAUGGAAAUGGUGUGUGUCGCUGCAAGAUGAACGUUGAGGGCCCUGCCUGCUCCAACUGUAAGCAGGGAACCUUUCACAUCAGCACAGACAACAAAGAUGGCUGCCUGUCCUGCUUCUGCAUGGGCGUCACACAGCAGUGCUCCAGCUCCUCCCACUACAGAGACCAGGUGUCAUCCGUCUUUGUCCCUGGCAACUUCCAGGGCUUUGCUUUGGUCAACCGGCAGCACACCAACCGUAUCUCCACCGGCUUCACUGUGGAAGUGUCCACCGAUGGCACACAGCUCUCUUAUAGCAACUUUGACUACCUAGGCCAGGAGCCCCACUACUGGCAGCUGCCUGGGGUCUACCAGGGGGACAAGAAGGAAGCUUUCUUUGCUCGUAUGAGACGAGCACAUCAGGAACAAGUGAAGAAGCUGGAUGAUGAGAUCUGGGAAAUUAUCUCCAACUUUGGCGACAAAGGCUCUCCGGCAGUCUCUCCUCCCUUCCCUCCCUCCUCCUCCUCUUCCUCGUCUUCCUCUGAGAGGAAGAUCCCCAGCCACUCCUAUCAUGCUGGGUCUCGUACCCCCAUGAGGCCCUUCUCUCCCUCUUCCUCCCCCUCUGGUAUUUCCUCCCUGGUACUGCCUACAAGGCCUCAGCCAGCCUCCCCCGGCCCCUCCCCUCGACUCCAGACUAAACGGCGUGGGACGAAGAACAUAGUGGGUCCUCCUAGUGCUCACAGUGGCCCCAGGCCUGCUGUGGUCUCCAGCCUGUACGCUUUGGUCUACAAACGUUUCAGCUUGCACCCGGAUGACACCCUCUACUGGCAGCUUCCAGAUCAGUUCAAAUGGGAUAAGGUGAGCUCCUACGGCGGUAAGCUGAAGUACACCAUCAACUACGUAGCAGGACAGAGAGGAACAGCCAUCGAGGACCCUGACAUUCAGAUUAUUGGAAAUGACAUCACGCUGGUGGCUCGUCAGCCAUGGCAGAGGGGACAGGGGACAAGAGAGUCCCGCCAGUUUGAGGUUGUCUUCAGAGAGGAGAACUGGCGUCGUCCAGACGGCAUGCCUGCCACUCGGGAGCACCUGAUGAUGGUGCUGGCUGAUCUGGAUGACAUCCUGGUGCGGGCCUCCUACUACACAGAGAUGAGGUCCUCCAGCAUCUCCGAGGUCAGCAUGGAGGUGGCCGUGCCCAACUACAGCGGCCUGGCUCAGGCUCUAGAGGUGGAGCAGUGCCGCUGCCCGUCCGCCUACCAGGGACUCUCCUGUCAGGACUGUGCACCUGGCUACACCAGAACCGGAGGUGGCCUGUACCUGGGCCACUGUGAGCUGUGUGAGUGCAACGGGCACUCUGACUCCUGCCACCCAGAGACUGGCAUCUGUACGAGCUGCCUCCACAACACCCAGGGAGUGCUGUGUGAGCAGUGUGCCCCGGGCUUCUUUGGGGACCCCACCGCUGGAACCCCAGAGGACUGCCAGCCCUGUGCCUGCCCCCACACAGACCCUGACAACCAGUUCUCCCCUACCUGUGAAAGCCUGGGUAAUGGUGGUUAUCAGUGCACUGCCUGCCAGCCUGGAUACACUGGCCAGUACUGUGAACGCUGUGCACCUGGAUAUGUUGGAAAUCCACAGGACAGGAUUAAGUGUCGUCCAUUCAGCACAGUGGCAGCCUCUCUGGUGGUGAAGGUGUACCCUGAGAGGGUGUUGGUGGCCCAGGGCAGCCCUGUGACCCUGCGGUGCCAGGUGACCGGCUCUCCACCCCACUACUACUACUGGUCCAGGGAAGACGGAAGGCUUGUCACCAACAGCGCCGACAGACGCGGACAAGGAGAGGAGCUGCAUAUCCCCAGUGUUCAACCCAGUGACGCAGGCAUCUACGUCUGUACCUGCAGAGACCAACGCAACACCAACAGGAGCCGCGCUGAGAUCAUCGUCACAACUGUCUUAUCCAAACCCAUUGAAGUGACCAUUGAGGAGCCCAAAGCACAUAGCGUCACAGUUGGAGCAACAGUCAGCUUCAUCUGCACAGCCAAGAGCAAGUCUCCAGCCUACACCCUGGUGUGGACUCGGCGGGGUAACGGCAAGCUACCCAACAGAGCCAUGGACUUCAACGGCAUCCUGACCAUCCAGAACGUCCAGCCUGAGGACGCUGGCAUCUACGUGUGUACAGGCUCCAACAUGUUUGCCAUGGACGAAGGCACUGCCGUCCUCUACGUGCCAGAGGCCUCACAGACUCCGACGUUUUACACAGCCUAUGAAAUGUUUGAAGGACAUAGAAAGCCUGCCGAGGGGUCCGAGCCAGUGGCUACCGCCACUCCACCUGUCCUGACCAUCCAGCAAGGAGGCCGCGCUGAGUUCCGCUGUACUGUGACUGGCAACCCUACCCCAGCCAUCGAGUGGAUAGGUGGAGGUCCUGGUAACAGAAUGAGCCCCAAUGCUGUGGUCCGUGGAGGAGUACUGACCAUCCCUGCUGUGGAGAGGGGGGAUGAGGGGGAGUACGUCUGCAAGGCCCUCAACACCCACGGAGAACACACGGCACGGGCUGUCCUCUACGUACACAGUGCCAGCCUGCCCCACGUGCAGGUGAGCCCCCAGAGAGUAGACAUCCAUGAGGGGGAGACGCUGAGGCUGUACUGCAGGGCUGGAGGCACGCCCAGCCCCGGACUCACCUGGAAGAAACAGGGAGGACAACUUCCUCCGCAGGCCAUUCCUUCUCACGGUUUCCAUCAGUUUAAAAGCAACAGUCUCGAUGUGUUACAGAAACGUAUUGACGAGCUGCAGACCCGUAUGGAGCGUACAGACAUUGGCACCCUUCUCAUCCCCAACAUCAAGUCCUCUGACUCUGGCACCUACCUGUGUGUUGGAACCAACUCCAUAGGAUCCUCAGAGGCUCGCAUCGAGGUUACCGUCAAUAGAGCAAUAGGAGACACCAUCUCGUCAGCCAUCACCAUCCAGCCCUCCAUAGCUGACGUCCAGGAGGGACAGUCUCUGGACCUUAACUGUUUUGUCCCUGGUAACCCCCCACCUGCUGUCACCUGGAGGAGGUCUAGUGGACGCCUGUCUGCCAAUCACCAGGUUCUGGGUACCCAGCUGCGUAUCCUCUCUGCCAGCCCAGAUGACUCUGGGGAGUAUAUCUGUCGUGUGGUGGCAGGGCCUGGUACUCCUGUCCGUCAGGCCUCAGUCUCUGUCUCAGUCACAGCCACCUCCUCUCGCCUGCAGACCCCUAUCAUCUCCAUUGAGCCCCACAGUGCAGCGGUGCGAAAGGGAGAGUCAGCCAGCUUCAAGUGUAGGGUCUACAGUGGAGCCCAGCCCGUUCGCCUGGAGUGGAAACUGUCCAACAACCAGCCCCUUCCUGACAAUGUGAAGAUUGACCAUUACGGCUCUGUCCUCGUCAUCACUGAUGCCCGCCCUAGCAACCAGGGCACCUACCGCUGUGUGGCUAGCAACUUGUUUGGAAUCACCCAGAGCAUGGUCUCUCUGAUUGUCAGAGAGUCUCCCGUAGCGACUGUCACCCCUCAGGGGCCCGUGCGAGUCAGGGUGGGUGAACCCAUCAAUCUGGAGUGCCAGGCCUCCGGGGAGCCACGGCCAUCUGUCACAUGGCACAGGCUGGACAACGCCCGCAAGACCAUGCUGAGUAGCCCUGUGCCCAUGGAGUCCAACGCUGUCAUGCAGGUCCUAGUGGCCCGUCCAGAAGACAGUGGCACCUAUGUGUGCGCGGCCCGCAACAACGAGGGCACCACCGAGACCAGGGUGGAAGUGAUCGUGGAUGGGGGUGCCCAGGUGCCCACCUUGCCCCGUGCCUCUGUGCCAGAACCCCUUAUGGUGGUGGUGGAGGGACAGCCCACCACACUGAGAUGUGACGCUCACGGCUUCCCCGCCCCUAAGAUCACAUGGUCUAAGCUGCGUGCCCCUCUUCCCUGGAGACAUAAGGUAGUGGACAACACCCUAGUCCUGCCCAGUGUUGGCCGGGCAGACUCUGGAGAGUACAUCUGUAACGCCACCAACAACAUGGGCACCACAGAGGUCACCAUCAUGCUUGAUGUGGAGACUCCUCCCUAUGCCACCUCCCUGCCCGACGACGUAGCAGUGCGUGUGGGCGAGGUGAUCCGACUGCAGUGCCUCGCCCAUGGUACUCCCCCGCUGCUCUUCCAGUGGACCAAGCUGAACGGCAGCCUGUCCACCAGGGCUGACGUCCAAGGAGGAGACCUCCAGAUCAACCUGGCCAUAGCCGAGGACGCUGGCACUUACAAGUGUGUCGCCACCAACAAAGUGGGGACCAGUGAAGCACAUGCCAAGGUUACAGUCAGAUCGCCCCUAGCGGUGCGUGUGUCUCCUCAGGUGGAGGUGAAGGCCCAGGGUAGUGCUGUGGAGUUCACCUGCUCUGCUGCAGGAGGCCUGGGGACCACCAUGGAGUGGCUGAAGGAGGGAGGAGCCCUGCCCCCCAACCAUCACAUCAAAGACGGAGUGCUGAGGAUUGAGAACCUGGAUCAGAGCAACGAGGGCGUCUACAUCUGCAGAGCCACCAGUGUUCAUGGCCAGGCUCAGGAUACCGCCAAACUCACCAUCCAAGCCCUUCCCAAGGUAAUGAUCAACGUGCGUACCUCAGUGCAGACUGUUAUGGUUGGUAACUCGGUGGAGUUUGAGUGCCAGGCCAUCGGCGAGCCCCAGCCCACGGUGCGCUGGAGCAAGGUGGGAGGGCUGCUACCGGCACACAUUGUGGUGAAGGGCGGCAUGCUGAAGAUCCAACAGGUGACAGACGCUGACGCUGGACAGUACCGCUGCACUGCCACCAACGAUGUGGGCUCUGUGCAGUCCCAGGUUGUCCUCAAUGUCCAGUCCCUACCCCAGAUCGCAGCUCUGCCAGAGCUGAAGGAAGUGACAGUGGGAUCUGAUGCCGUCCUGCCCUGUGUUGCAUCAGGAUACCCAGUGCCUGCCAUCAAAUGGUCCAAGCUGGAUGGGGAGCUUCCUCCUAAGUGUAUACAGGUAGUCAACACCUUGACGGUUCCUGGAUUGACCCACGAGGAUUCUGGGACAUACGUGUGCACUGCCUCCAACAAGCAGGGAAAAGUGGAGGCCUUCACCACCCUCAAAGUCCAUGAUCGAGUGAUGCCCCAUUUCACCCAGGAGCCCCUGUCCUAUCUCACUCUGCCCACCAUCAAGAACGCCUACAAGUCCUUCAGCAUCAAGAUCAGCUUCAGGCCAGACAAUCCUGAUGGUCUCAUACUGUAUGCGGGUAUGAUCAUCUAUAACGGACAGAAGAGGACCAUGGGAGCAGACUUCAUCUCUUUGGGGCUGGUGGGAGGCAGGCCUGAGUUCAGGUUUGACGUGGGUUCUGGCAUGGCCACCAUCCGCUACCCAACCCCCAUCAAACUCGGAGAGUUCCAUACCAUAGAACUCCACCGUAACCAGACACAGGGCACCAUCAUAGUGGACAGAGAGGCUCCAGUCAACGGAAGCUCACAGGGCAAGUUCCAGGGGCUGGAUCUGAAUGAGGAGUUGUAUGUGGGUGGUUACCCCAACUACACCCUCCUGGCCAAGACCGCUAGCCUCAAGACUGGCUUCAUUGGCUGCAUCCGUAAGCUGAUCAUCCAAGGUGAUGAGGUCAUCUUCAAGGAUCUGGACCGCAGCUCUACGGGCGUGUCCAACUGUCCUGUCUGCACUGACCGUCCCUGUCAGAAUGGAGGGACAUGCCAGGACUCUGAUGCCAGUCUGUACAAGUGUAGCUGUCCCAGAGGAUUCACAGGGAGUAACUGCCAGCACCACUCCUCCCUGCACUGCCACCCAGAGGCUUGUGGACCAGACGCCACCUGCAUCAACCGUCAGAACUCCCUGGGCUACGACUGCCGAUGCCACUUGGGGAAGUCUGGAAACAAGUGCAUGGACGGUGAAUUGGUGACUACUCCCUUGUUUGACGGUAUGGACUCGUACAUUGCAUACCCUCCUCUGACCAACAUCCACAAUGACCUGCACAUCGAGAUGGAGUUCAAACCCAUGGACCUGGACGGUCUGAUGUUCUUCAGCGUGGGCAAGAAGAUGAAGACAGAGGAUUUUGUCUCCAUAGAGAUGGUGGAUGGACACGUGCAGUUCCGCUAUGAACUGGGGACUGGCCAAGCUGUCCUGCGCAGUCCUGAGCCGGUCACCCUGGGCCAGUGGCACCGCUUGGAGGCCGGGCGCCUCGACAAGGACGGCUCUCUGAAGAUUGACGGUGGCCGGGAGGUCAGGAGGUCGUCGCCAGGCAAGGCGCAGGGCCUGAAUAUCCACACCCCCAUGUACCUAGGAGGAGUCCCCAACAUUGACAUCAUACCCAAGGCCCUUAACAUCAGUGUUCUGUACGAUGGAUGCAUAGGAGAGGUGUCCAUCAACGGUAAGAAGGUGGACCUGUCCUACAGCUUCACAGACAGCAUGGCCAUCAUCCAGUGUAAGGACAACAGUCCCUGUGACCGCAACCCCUGUCUAAACGGGGCCAGCUGCAUGCCGAGCGCCGAGUAUGAGUACCAGUGUCUAUGCAAGGACGGCUUCGAGGGUGAGCGAUGUGAGGUGUUGAAGGAUACCUGCCAGAGCAGUGACCAGUGUCAGAACGGAGGCAGCUGUGUCAACAACCAGUGUGUGUGUCCUGUAGGCUUCAAUGGCCCCGUCUGUGGCGAGAGCCAGGUCUCCAGCUUCGCCGAGGCCCUGUGGAAUUUGGAGGGUAGCGGGGUUAAUGAUGCCCCCAUUGAGUAUGCAGUUAAAUUCUAUGACAACGGUUACCUUUCUCUUCCCAAGACUAUCUUCCCCAGAAGCGGCCCUGACACUCCAGAGACCAUUGAGCUGGAAAUCAAGGUCAACACCAACUCCAAAGAGGGCCUGAUCCUGUGGCAGGGAGUGGAGUCAGUUAAUGGCGCUAGCCAUUUCCGCAAGAUGCAUGCUAGUAAAAAGGUAUCCACCUCGCCAAAACACCUGGAACUUGGAGAUCAAGGCAAGGGCAAGGACUUUAUCAGUCUUGGUCUGCAAAACGGACACUUAGUCUUCAGCUACCAGCUGGGCAGUGGUGAGUCUCAGAUCCAGUCCAGAGAGCCCAUCAACGAUGGCAGAUGGCACAAGGUCACUGCUGUGAGAACUGGUAAACAGGGAUAUAUUCAGAUAGACGGAGGAGCCAUUCGACGAGGACAAUCACAAGGCAAAAGCAUCAUGGUGAACACCGAAGGCAAUGUAUACCUGGGAGGUGCCCCGGACAUAUCUGCGAUGACGGGAGGGAAGUUCUCCUCGGGGCUCGAAGGCUGUGUGAGGAACCUGUCUCUGAUGAACGCCCGGCCGGGAGAGCAGCUGGCCAGACCCAUCGAGCUGCAGGUCCCGGCAGAGAAUGGCAUUAACGUGGGCCGUUGCUCAUCAUAGACCUACAGCACCUCCCCCCCACAAACACACACCCACACACACACACACACACACACAGAGAGAGAGAGAGACUAUGGAGACAAGAUACACACACACACAUUCACAGUUACACGCAAACACACAGAGACUUACAUACAUGCAUACCCACGGUCAGUUUGAUACAAACGUGGUGCUUUGCUCCAACCAAAAACAAAGAUACACAACACAAAAUGAUAUUUUGCUCUAUGUGCAUUAAACCAAAAAAAAAGAGAAAAAUGAAAUGAUAUUAACAAGUCUUCACUUCCUCAGUGUUGUAUUGUCAAUGAAGGUCAAGGACUAUUAACACAGACCAGUACAGUUUACAUACUCCCGGCAGUAGCUUUUAGCCAUGACAACAAGAGAGUAAAACGCUAUAGGCCUUCUACGAUGGGUCAGAUCCUAUGGCGUUGGAGAUGUUUUUACAGCACUGAAUUUUUAUUUAUAUACAUAUAAAUAUAUAUUAUAUAUUUGUGGGGGAAACAUGCAAACUAACCAUAACUGCUCUUCUACCAUAACUGUCCUAGAGUUGAUUCUGGGUUCUAAUACUGUGUGUCCAGGGCUUUUUAUAGGGCCUAGUUGUGUUAAUACUUGAAGACAUUUAGGCCUUCUACUUUCUUCUUCACUUCUGUAGGGGAACCUGAGGGGCGAGCAUGCUCACAGCCUUGUCACACUAUUUGUAGAGGGGUCACAGAGGUCACGUCACAAAGCAGCAUCAAGACACAUCUCAGGGGAAGACAGGAUUUUAAAAACAAACAGAACGCUAUUAGAAGUAAUGGUGCUUUUCAAUUCUGCCAAAUCAUUUCUGAUCUGAUUCUAAAAUCACUUGCCUUUCCACACCUAGCAUGGUUGCCUCUUUUGUGUCUGUAAAUAGUUUUUUUUAAACUUGGUGCUAUUAAGUCAGACAUGAAAAUACAGCACACGAACACUCAUGUGUCUGUCUCCUUAUAUUAAUGUACUACAUGUGUUGUUACAUUUACUUCAUUUCUACAUUUGAAAUAAUAUCAGUGUAAAACACAUGUUACACCUGCCUACUUUCUUUCACCUCUCCUGAGGUUGGGGAGGUUGUGUUGUUCUCCAGAUUAAAUCGGAGGUUUAUUUUAGUAUUUUUAGUGUGGCUCAGUCUCCUCAUGAGUCCUAUCUGAUUGAGUAGAUCUCAAAAGACGUGAAGAUGGUGUUUUAAAGAAUGAAUGUAGAUUGCAUUUUGAAGUUUUUUUUAUUAUGAACGGUUCUGAGAAUUCUAAGACAUUUUGUAAUUUUGCUUCUGCAGUCACAAUCAUGUGCUUACUAUUUGCAAGUCAGUUAAAAUAUCUGUUUAGUCUGGGUAAGUGGGGGUUCCAGGACCGACUUUGGGAAACCCUGAUUUAGUAGACGCUCUUAUCUAGAGCAACUUACAGUAGCCCUGUACAUUUCUCAUACUGGUCCACCGUGGGAAUGGAACCCACACCCCUGGUGUUGCAAGCGCCACGCUCUACCAACUGAGCCUCACGGGACCAUCCCUAUAUGAUGUUGUGUGUGUACUGUAUGUGAUUGUACUGAAUGCGUGUGAACUGUGUACUGUUACUCUAUGUGUGUGUACUUUAUGUCCGCAUCUCGCCAUCUAAAUCCUCAGGAGGGUUAACGCAGAACUGCGUCAGAACUGCGUCAAGAUGUUCCUCAGUCGUUUUCAGGUUCAGUAGCAAGUAGCCUCAGUAGGUCUCAUAGAACGAACAGGUCUGAUAUGGAACUCUAGCAGCUGCAUCAUUUUGUUAGCUGUUGUACCUAACGCACUAUGCAAGCAGAUUUAUACCAACAUAUUUUGACAUGGAUAUGGCUUCCAUAAGUUGGGGUAGACAGAUUGGAUGAGAUGAACAGUAGACAUACAGCAGACAGACUAGAUGACUUCAGCAGUGGGAGAAUACAGCUGAAACCUGCCUGGUGGGGUGCAUGCUAGCUGUGACCUAUGGAGCUCCAAUGAGCAUGCUCGCCCACACUGGUUGACCACAUGACAAAUAUGGCAUCAUAGUUCACUUCAUGAGAUUCACAAACUUUUCACAUUUUAAGAUUAUGUUGAUUAAUAUUCUAAAAAUGAGCACUAUCAUUUCACUUAAAGUUGCUUCAUUUUUAUUUAUUUUUGUUUCUUUAUUUUAUUCAUUUCUGUUUAUUUCAGGCUUGAUUCUGCUGUUGUAGAGCAAUCAGAAAAGCUUGCCAUCAUUUUUUUUCUUGCGUUAUUGUGUAUUCCCUCCUCACAACCCUGUUUCCUUCAUGUUGGAUUUUUAAUACCGUUCUUCUAAGUGUCUUCCCCAACUGGAGUUCCCACCAUGACAUAUACAGUCUCAGUGGAGUGUCUGUGGAACAACUGUGGUAACUGACAGUAACAUCAGCCUGAGAAGGGCUUGUCAGCUGCUUUGUGCCAGACCCAAAUAGAUCUAUGUGUAUGUAUAGAUCUAUACAUACAGCAUGGCUCUGGUUUGAAAUGAUAAAAUGGAGGAUUUUAGGCUCUGUAUGUCACAUUGAGUAGAGUUACCAAGGUUACAAUGCGUUUAUUGUGUAAUUGACAAGAGUAAACACUGCAUAAACACAGAUGAGAAAAACAUCAUACCAUCACAAAUCAUUAAUACAUUGAAUGCCCUAUUUGUGUGGUCUUAAAUCAUAAGAUAGAAUUGGGUAUGGUUGAUGUACUGAGUAUGUAUAAAGUAGAUAUGGGCACUCAUCAUUGAUGAAGAUAUUAUUUCACCUUUUUUGACAUUUUUAAUAUUGUCUCUGUUUCAUUUUUUUGGGAUUAAAGACAUAUUGAAAAAUACUGUCACAAAUUUCUAGUGAGUGGAAGUGUACUACACAUAAUGUUAUUGUCCAUUGGAUGAUACUGCUCUUGUUCCUGACUGAACCAUUUCCAGAGUUGGAAGGAAGGACUCUUCUCCUCCCUCAGUGUUUCUUCAUUAAAACAACAUUCAUGUGCUAUUUAGAA